UUCCCCUUGCUGAAGGAAAAUGAAAUGAAAGACCGCAGUCACAACGAUUAAGGCCACAUGCAGUAGCCUAUCGAGCCAGCAGUUUAUAAGCGACCAAGGGCUGUUUUGAUAAACCGCAGGAGAAGUGGACCGUCUGUGCUGCGACGCUUUGGGCAAUUAUGCCCGAUUUAUAUGAAUUGUCUACAGAAGCUUUCCCUCUGUAACCUGAUAUUAUGCGGGGAACAGAAGGCAAUAUACCUACCGACUUCGAACAAAGAAUCGAUUCUGAAAAUAUUCGGCGAUUUGGAAGAAAGCCAUGGUUGAUCCUCUGGAACCAGAAGAUCCCUGUAAGACCAGCGACCCACACAUUGCGACGCCCUCUGCAGAGGCUGAUGUUCCCAGAAUUCCAGAAGAGAAUGGCGGCUCGGCGGUCCCAGGAGCGUCGAAGAGCGACUCAGCGGCCCCAGCCACGCCGUCCCUGCCGGAGCCAGAAACUGGUCCGGAGGAGAAUCAGCCGGCGGGCGCAGAGUCGGAGACGAAGCUACACCUGGACCUCUUCAACUUUGACUCACCGGUGGCGGAGGGGAGUCGCUACGUCCUGACGAGCCCUCACUCGCUGGAGGCGUGCGCGCGGUGCGGGGUCAAGCCCGUGGAGCUUCUGGCCCGACCGCUGUCCGACUUCGCCCGCGAGGCACCGGGACGCUCGAUGCGCGUGGCCACUGGGAUGUUCGAGGUGUACGAAAAGGACCGGCACGCGAAACUUCGGCAGUGCAGGGAGGAACGAGAACGAAUCAUCAGAGAGGAGAAGAGACGCAUCUUGCAGGCCACUCUGAACAACAACAGCACAGCGGACGAGAAACCUGAGGGCACAGUCAAUGGCACUCCGUCUUCUAAAAGCAACUCUCUAGGCUCCAGUACAACCCCCAAAAAUUCACUUUCGAAUUCUGGAAUGCCAUCCACGAACACCCCAGUCAGUUCAGUACUGACAUCCAAAACACCUCUGUCAGGCUCAGGUCAGUUGGAUAAAACAAUCCCAUCCAGUUCAAGCUCGUCCAGUAAAUCUUUUACAACAUGCUCCGAUCAAUCCACCAAACUCAGCCCAAAGAUCACCAUGUCUGCCUCGAAAGGCCUGAACCCUGCUAAGCCAAACAAGCCCAUCUCUAAAGCUGAGCCCACUGUAAAAGCAAGUGCUGUGUCUGGUGGAAAAACACAGCAGUCAUCUACAUGCGGGGUCUCCAAAAAGACCUCUGGUAGCACACCCAGAUCUGCAAACACUUUUCCAAGGUCAACUCCCAAACCUACCUCCUUGCCUAGAACGUCCUCUCUGGCGCCAGUCGUCUCAAAGUCCGCAGCACAAAGCCCCGCCGCUAAUGGCACGUGCGGCGGCCCCUUCACCCAGCACAAUGGCCACGUCCUGUCUCGCUCCAAAGGACCUGGCAGAAGCCACUCCCUGGAGUCCUUGCAGAGAAGACGAGAAGCCAUGAGCAACUCCACCACUAACACCACCGCCACCACCACCACCACCACCACGUGCGGCUCGUCGGAGUCCGGGGCCUCGUCCUCGUACAGCUGGGACAGCCCGCGGGACCACUGGGGCAAGUCCUCCAGCCCUCGCGCCCGCACGCUCGCCACCUUCAACUCCCUGAUGGGCCGCAGCUUGAGCCUGGGAGACCUGAGCCACUCCCUCCAGACCACCCAGAAGGUGGAGCGCAUCGUGAAGGAGGUGAAGCGGCGGGGCUUGAAGGCGGUGCCCGAGCGCGACCGCAAGAUCGCGGCGCUGAUGCUGGCCAGGUACCAGGAGGAGGACAUCAUGAGCCAGACGCGCUACGUGGCUCACCUGCAGUGGGACAGCGAGCGGCGUCUGGACGAGCUGCGGCGGGAGCGCGAGGAGCGCGAGAAGCAGCGCGCCAUGCAGCAGUGCCAGCGGGCGUGGCAGUCCCAGGUGUCCACGCGCCAGCGCCGCCUCAGCCAGCAGGAGCGCGACGCCGCCGCCACCAAGCUGCGGCAGGCGGAGGAGAGCGAGGAGCGCUGGCGCGAGCAGGCCGAGCAGCAGGAGCGCACGCGGCUCCAGAGGCUCCAGCAGGCGGCGCGCGAGGAGAAGCAGAAGAAGGCGCUGCAGGAGCAGAACCUCCGCGCUCUGGAGGAGGAGCGCUCGGCCGUCGUGGAGCAGGAGCAGCUGCUGCUCAAGGAGAAGCUGACCAUCGCCGAGCUCAAGCGGCAGGAGCGCGAGCACCAGGCGCAGGAAGAGCGCCGGGGCCUUAACCGCGCCGAACGCCGGCGCCACGCCGCGCUCAUCCAGGAGAUCGCCCGGCGCGAGGAGGAGGAGCGCGAGGAGGCGCGGCGGCAGGCCGAGGAGAAGCUGAGCCGCUCGCUGGACAACUACGAGCAGAUGGUGGAGCGGCGCGAGCGCGAGCUGAAGGAGAAGGCCAAGCGCGAGGAGCAGCAGAUCCAGAAGGCGCGGCGCGCCGCCGAGCGCAAGGAGCGGCAGCAGAAGCAGCAGCUGCAGGCGCGCAUGCGCGAGACGGAGAAGCGGGCGCAGCAGGCGGCCCUGGUGGCGGAGGAGCGCACCAAGGAGAAGGCUCAGCGCGCCGGACAGACCCGCCAGGAGAAGGAGAAGCUCCAGAGACUCAACCGCCAGCGCGUGGAGGAGGAGGAGCGGCAGAGGCGCCUGGACCUACUGCAGUCCAUUGAGAGGAAGCUGGAGAAGAGCGAGCAGAUCUUCAAGGAGAAGCGCGCCAUCCUGGAGAGCGCUCGAUCGGUGGCGCGAGCCUCGUUCCACGUGCGGGACAAGGUACGGGAGGAAACCAACAUGCGCACAUUUGACAAAAUGGCCCUGGAGGCUCAGUUCAAAGCCAGUCUGGAUGAGAAAUGUGAAAAGUGAACAACCCUGCAGACAACCAUUGACUUUCCACUGCUCUGUUGCUGGAAGUGGUCUUACUGUAGCUCAAGCCUUCAUGCUAGCCUCAUCAUCGCAAAACCUUUGCUGGACAUGUCCUAACAGAUCGCGAUUCAUGUAUUUAUUUUCCACCAGUGGGAUAUCUUCAUCUUGUAAAACAGACAAAUGUAUUCCCCUAUUUUUGAUGGAUUUGGCUGGUUGCUGUUUAGAGGUCUGACUCAUUUGUUCAUGACUGGAUUUGUUUGGGAAAAGGACUUUUUUUUCCUUCUUUUUCCUUUAAAGCUCGGCAUUCAGCCACUGCUCAACUUGGAGACGUGCUGAAAAUAAAAAGAGGAUUGUUGACCUGGAAACCAGACACCAUGACAACCGAACUGGCUUUUGAUAAAAAAAAAAAAAGAAAAAGGAAAAUAAAAAAAGCUUGCGUUCCUGUGUCAGUAAAGGCAGGAGGGGGGGUAUCUUAAAGUAAAAAAAAAAAAAAGCAACAACGAAACAAAACAAGGGUUCAGACUGAGAUGUUCUAACCAGCUGACAAGGCAGCCUUUGAAAAUGACAUCGCAAGGAGUCCCAUCAGCAGUAUGGAGCUGCUGAGAUAGCAUUACCCAUGAGCCUCAGAGUGCUGGAUGUCUCAGCAGCAACACAUCACAUCACAGACAGCCCCCUGCUUCAGCCGGAUACAGGAUAACAGGUAACAGGUGGCACAGAUGACCACUGAUCCACUGAUCCCAGAGAAAGUCCUCCCCGAUUAAUAUUCUCACUGAUCAACGCUCUUGUUUUUCAGUAACCAAGUACAGAGUGGUUUAGACUACAGCUUUAAUAACACUUAGAGAAAAAGUUCAGUACAAUGACAAUAGAUUUCACCACACCAUCAUACCUUCAGUUUAAUCUUUAACACUAAGAGGUACCUUGAGGUACAUUUUCAACAGGAGAAUACUGUAAUAUCCAUACUGAUUUUCUCAUAAACUUGACCAUCUACCAGUCCCUUAGCAACAUAUUAGAACAGGGAAAGUUCACAAUCAAGAAUAUGCAGGGUAAGCUGCCAUUUCAGUCAGCACUGACACUUAAAUGCAAUUUUGUAGAACAUGCUGAACAGUGUAUUAAUAUACAAUGGCGAAAAAAAU